AUGUCCUUCAACCCAGUCCACUUUAUACCCGCGAGCAAGAAAGACGACAUCUUGGCUUUGCCUGUGCAGUCGAUCGCCGCUGCUGGGCACGAGCAGAAUGCCGGGACAAAUCACUGGUGUCUGUUCGCUCGAGUCAGCCCCACCAUCGCCAUCAGAAUCGACUGCCAGCCGAGCUACAGCGUGCCCAGCACCAUUUUGCCCGGCGGUUCCAAGGGCAACAUCAUCAUCUCUUGGCUUAACUCCGUGGAGUCGCCGGACAUUAUCAAGACUGUGGACCUCGCCAUCCGCUCCAAUUUACUCGUUCGUGACGUCUACAACGUCCUACUUGGGCACGGCCGCCACAAAUACGAGUUCGAUUCCAACGGUGUUGGCUGUCGAUACUGGGUAACUGGCCAGCUGGAUCUCCUCCAGCAGCAGCAGAUCCUUGUUAACCCGCAGGAAGUUGCAAUGGCUAAAGAGACUAUCCAGAAGCUGUGGCCCGAGGCAACACCGCUUGCUCUUGACCAGGGCGCCUAUUAUCAGUAA